CUUAAGAAGAGGACGCUAUAAUCAGUCUUGAAUAUUUAUAUCCUGUGGUUUGAAAAAAACAGUUACAGGACCGUUUCCGAACCGAUUUUAGUAUUGGUUCUGAAGAACAGGAACCGAACCCGAUAUAUUGAAGAAUAGUUGUGAGUUAUUUUGGUUCUUCGUAAUUGUUUCAAGAACCAGAAACGAUAUCAUAAUUAUUUUCAAUCUUUGUUUAGAAAACAGAGAACAGGAAAACUUUUUUCCUUCCGCCACCAACCAGUCUGAAUUUAAAUACGGGUGUAUUGUCAACCGCCAGUUUCUACCUCGGAAUAAAUUGCGACUGGAAAAUUGUUUGACGAUCAAGUUCAGCGAUUUGUAAAGUUAUUUAAAUUUACAAACAUGAGCAAAACAAAGAGUAAACAAAGGAAUGCAAUGACUCAAACGCGUAAUAAGGAUCCAAUGUUGGAAAUAGCACACUUGCAGGAACAAGUGAGACUUCUUACUCUUGAAAAUGAUCAUUUAAGAAAGUAUAUUGCUGAAGAAGUAACAGCAAUUUCGAAAACCACACCAACCAUUACUGUCACACAUUCUAAUGAUAUAGCUGAGACUCCUAAACCUAUUGAAUCUACACGAACAAAUAUAAAAUCUCAAGGCGAAAGGAAGAAGAGUGCUUCAAUGCGUGGAUGUAAUUGUAAGAAGAAUUGUAGUUCCAAAUUAUGUGGUUGCGCAAAAAAGAAUAUGCCAUGUGGUGAACUAUGUAGAUGUAAAAAUUGUCAGAAUCAGGAGAAAAAUAAUUCAGAACAAAAUAAAGAACAUUUGGAAAACAGUGAAACAGCGAAAGUAAAGAAGGAUAAACAAAUAAUAAACAAAAAUUUUAAAAAUGUUACUGCGCAUAAAAGUGUUUUUAGUCCAGAUACUAAAAUCCACAGUUCAACUCCUAACAUAGAAGAAUAUAAGCUUCCAACUUUACAGUUUGGAAAUUCUAAAAGGCUAACAUUUAGAUCUGAUGAAGAAGAUGAGAUGCAAGAGGAAAGUAAAGAAAACUCUAAACAUCCUAAAAGAAGAGGCAGACUUUCAAAAAACAGUCUUGAAGUAAAUAAUACAAAUACAAGGAAACAGAGAUCCACCUCAAAUGAAGAGAAAAAAAAUCACAGGGAAAAGAACACAGAGGAACAAGGUUUGAGAAGAUCUCGCUCUAAUGAAAUAGGAACUUUAACAGAUGAUAUAUUAAAAGAUAUAGAUAAACGGACAAAUAAAUAUCUUCAAAAUAUAGAACAUGGUAUGGUAACUUUAAGAUCUAAUAGAAGAAAGGAACAUUUAGAUGGGGAUAAACAAGCACAGAAAAAUAAUGCAAGUUCUGAUUCAGGGGAAAUCAAGGAUGUUUCAAUGGAAAAUAAUAAAAAGGAAAUAGCACAACAUUUGUCAAAUGAAACUUCCAAGUCAGUUACUCGAGAAGAAGCAGAGACUUCUAAAAUUCAAAAACACAAUAAAAGUGGAUCUUCGGAAAUAUCUAACGAUAGCUUUAAUCCUAUGAAACCAAGAAAUGAAAUACCAAGAACACCAGUUUCUGGUAACACUAGUAGAAAGACAGGAGAGGAAUCCACAUUUCUCAAAGAAUUCUACCAAGCUGAAAUCGAUUGGGAGAAGUACCAGGCUCAACUUGUAGGAUGUAAUAAUUGUACGAGAAAAUUCCAUCCAGAUAGAAUUAAAAAACAUCAAGCUUGCUGUAAGAAAUUGUGAACUACAAUCUUGAAGUAUAUCCUUUUUUUUAUACACUCUAUACACAUAUAUUAAUCGUCUAUGUGGACAGGUUUAAUGGUAAAGUAAACUUGUUAUAAUUUUAGUCCAUUUAAUAUAAUUAUACCGAUCUAAAUAUAUUGUACAAUAUUUUUUAAAUGGCAACUAAUAUAACAAUAGGCCUACUUACAUAUAGUGUACAUAUAUGAUGAUGGUUAUUAUGUAUAUAUGUACGUAAUUCCUAUGUGCGGGUGGGAAACAUACUCUUUUAUGCACAGAACCACACACGUACGAACCUAUGUAUACCCGUAUUGAAUAUUAGUCAUUAAAAUAUUCCAUAUAUCUUUUCUCUAAAUUUUAUGUAUUAUACAUUUCUAUGAAUUUAAUACUUUUCAAUAUUUUCCUUUUUUUUUGUACACUUUUAUAAAUAUACAAUGCAGGUUUGAGUCAUGUAAUGUAGAUAUGCCUCAUUGGAUUAAGUGAUAUUACAGAAGUAUUAAUAUACAUCAUCAAAUUAAUAGUGACCUUGUUCUAAAUACUUAAAAAAAUUACACAAUAAAACACAAUUCAGUGUA